AUGAAACUUAUCGUUUUGUUGACCCUCUUCGGUUGCUCUAACGCCUUCCUCUUCAACCUUCUCGGUCUCGGAGGCGGCGGUGGAGGUGGCGCUUGCUGCAACUCAGCUCCAGCUCCAGCGGCUUACGUCGCACCACCACCACCUCCACCAGUUGCCGCUGGUGGAUAUGCCGUUGCUCCACCACUUCCACCCCCACCCCCACCUCCACCAGCCCCAUUCGUCGGAGGAGGAUACGCCGCUGCCCCAGCCAUCGGAGGAUUCGGAGGUUCAUCGAUCGGAGGUGGUGCUUACCACGCUGCCCCAGCCAUCGGAGGAGGUGCUUACCAAGCCGCCCCAGCUGUCGGAAUCUCUACUGUCGGAGUUGCCCCAGGACCAAUCGGAGGUGGAGCUUACCAACAAGGACCAUCAGUCGGAAUUCCAACAGGACCAAUCGGAGGUGGAGCUUACCAACAAGGCCCAUCAGUCGGAGUUCCAUCAGGACCAAUCGGAGGAGGAUACCAAGCCGCCCCAGCUGUCGGAAUCUCUACAGUCGGAGUUGCCCCAGGACCAAUCGGAGGUGGAGCAUACCAACAAGGCCCAUCAGUCGGAAUUGCCGGACCAGCCAUCGGACAAGUCGCCGGAUACCAACAAGGACCAGCCCCAAUCGCUGCCGUCUCUGUUCCAGUUGCCCCAGGACCAAUCGGAGGUGGAGCUUACCAACAAGGUCCAUCAGUCGGAAUUCCAACAGGACCAAUCGGAGGUGGAGCUUACCAACAAGGCCCAUCAGUCGGAAUUCCAACAGGACCAAUCGGAGGUGGAGCAUACCAACAAGGACCAUCAGUCGGAAUUGCCGGACCAGCCAUCGGACAAGUCGCCGGAUAUCAACAAGGACCAGCCCCAAUCGCUGCCGUCUCUGUUCCAGUUGCUCCAGUUCCAAUCGCUGCACCAGUUGCCACUUACACUGAACAAGCUGUUGCUGCCCCAGUUGCCGUUGUUGAGCAACCACAAAUCAUCGAAGCUCCAGCCCCAGUCGCUGAAUACGGAGCUCAACAAACCGAACAAAUUGUUGAGACAUCAGCCACCGCUGUUGCCAGCCAAGACUACAGAAAGAAGGCCGCUAAGGUCUAG